UAAUAUACGUUAUACUCUCUCUCUCUCUCUCCCGUCUUCGAUCGGAAAGUUCCGGAAAACCCAAGAUGGCGGAUCAGCUCACCGACGACCAGAUCUCCGAGUUUAAGGAAGCUUUCAGCCUCUUCGACAAGGAUGGCGAUGGAUGCAUCACCACUAAGGAGCUAGGAACAGUCAUGAGGUCGCUCGGACAGAACCCGACAGAAGCUGAGCUUCAGGACAUGAUAAAUGAAGUGGACGCAGACGGUAACGGUACCAUAGACUUUCCUGAGUUCUUGAACCUGAUGGCCAGGAAGAUGAAAGACACAGAUUCAGAGGAAGAACUCAAGGAAGCCUUCAGGGUUUUCGACAAAGACCAGAACGGUUUCAUCUCGGCAGCCGAGCUUCGCCACGUGAUGACGAACCUCGGGGAGAAGCUGACGGACGAGGAAGUGGACGAGAUGAUCAGAGAAGCUGACGUGGACGGCGACGGCCAGAUCAACUACGAUGAGUUUGUCAAAGUGAUGAUGGCAAAGUGAGGAAAAACACCCCAUUUCUCUCUUGGUGUUCUAUUAUUUAUUGAAUUGAACUCUUGUGUUUGUUUUUUGUGUGUUUCCCAUCUUCAUUCGUCCAUGAUGUUGUUCUUUCUCAUGUUUCUAUGCUCUCUGGUGCAUUGAAUUCGCUUGGCUUUGUUCAUCGACUCGGAUCUUUUAUGGCCAUUUUUUUGUUGUCUUCUUGCGGUCUGACGUGUUUUAUAGUUGUAGAAAUAAUUGGUGAUAAUCUCUGUGA